AUGGAAGAAGUUGGGCGCAAAGAUGAGGCAGCUACAGACGAUUGCGGAAGUGAUUUCUGCGAGUCUGACUCGGGUGUCGAUGACCUGACCCCAAGCAAAAGAGUCUCACAAGACCCCGAAGGCAAAGAUGCCAGAGACUCCAAGUCUCUUCCGGCGCGCCAUCUUGAGUCGCCAGACUAUGAUCAUGGGAAUGAGCAGGAUCACAAAGUCGGAGAUCAUGUUGAUCGAGCCUCCAGCGACAAAGACCGCUUCGUUAUUGAUGCAAUGGCCGGGCUUGAGCGGGUUCCACAACUUGCUUCUAGGUACACAUGGCCAGAUCUCGAUUGGGAUGUUCGCCAGAUAGAAGAGGAAAUUGAACAAGAUGACCCCUUGUAUGGUCCAGUACGUCUUUGA